CCGAGAAAUGUCAUCUGUCAUUUUUCAAAUCGUAAUAACGUUUUUCCAGGAUUUUUUAAUUGGUUUAUCUCUGUUAUUCUAUCGUUUAAAAAGAAAAAUAAUAAAAAUGGGGGAGACGUUUGAUUGUGAAGAUAUAAUGAAAAAGUAUCAAGAGAUGCAAACUGAGUUGGAAGUAACGAAUCAGACUUUGUACGACUUGCGGAGAGAAAUAAAAAUAAGUCACAACCUUGAAUUUGAAUAUCAAGACGAAAUAAGGGUUUUACAGUCUCAGGAGCAAGAGUUGAGACAGAAAGUGUUGCAGGGAGAAGAGGCUAUUGUAGAUCUGAAGGCGUCCUACAACGAGCGAAUUAAUACUUUAACGGAGGAGUUGGCCAAAAAAGAGGACGAAAUAGACGGUUUGAAAAAAGAAUUAGAACGAUUAGACGACAUUGUAAAGAAAUUCGAUUCGCAAAAUCCAAAAAGUGAUAAUAACUUACUUGAUGAAAUAAGCAGACUAGAAAACCUGAAUGUUGAUUUGAAUGAAAAAGUUUGUGACUUACAGGAGUCUCUGGAAUUGAGUGAGCAAAAAAACAUUAACCUUCAAGAAAGGGUAAAAAAUUUAGAAUCAUUAACGGAGGACUACAAAGAGAGUCUCAACUGCAAAAGAGAAGAACUUGAGGAAGCACACACCUUAUUAGAAAAUCUCAAAGAUGAGAAUCUCACUCUGAAGUCAGAAUUGGAUUUGAUCAAUAGUAAGCCUCGUGAUGACCAAAGCAAGGGAAAUUCGUUAUUUGCAGAAGUUGAUGACAGACGUUUACAAUUACAACAAAACAUGAGUACCAUGAAAUCACAAUAUUUGGAAAUGAAGCGCGAGAGAGCGUCUCAUUUGAAGCAAAUCUCAACAUUGCGUAACGAAAAUGCGCUUUUAAUUUCAAAAAUGGAAACGGAAAUUGAGGAUCGAAAAAAUGUUGAAGAACAGAUUUUGGACACUUACAAAAAUCAAAUUAAGGUUUUGAAUGAGUUAACUGAAAGUUAUAAAAAGGAAAUUGAAACCAAAGAGAAUUUAAAUGAUAAUGUGCCAUCUUCAGGUGCUAUGAAGUUUUUUGAUAACAUGCUUGCCACGAAAAAUAAAGAAAUGGAAGUUUUGAGGCAAGAAUUAAAAAUGGCUUCGCUGAAUCGAACUUCCCUUUCAUAUGAUUUAGCUCAAGCUAAAAGAGAAAUUUGGAAGAAUAAUGUGGAAGCUUUGCAGCUGAAGAAUGAAAUUGGGCAACUUAAAAUUAGGAUCGAAGAAAUGCAAAUGGUCAGUCCAACUGAAAAAACACCUGAACAACUGGACAAAUCAUCAAUUGUGAAAAAAAAUGAAACUAAAACUGAAGAUUUGUAUAAAACCAAUAAAGAAAACGAAGGAGGGAACAAAAAAGUACAGUUCAGUGAAGAUACACUAGAGCCAAAAGUAACUGACAGAAAGAAAAUGAAAGGUGGAAAAAAGCUUGUUUUACAAUCUAUAAAAUAUGAUUAACUUUAUUUACUUAUUUAUUAAUAAAUUAAUUUUACACGUU